AUGUCUGGCACUGAAGCUACCCUCCCCAAGGACCCCGCCACCACGGAGGGCGCUGCCGAGGAUAAGGGCAAGGGAAAGGCUCCCGCCCAGGACGUUCCUCAGGACGGUGCCAUGGACGAGGAUGACGACGACGACGAUGAUGAUGAUGACGAUGAUGACGAUGAAGACGAAGACGACGAUGAGGGCAUGGAGGAGAUUGACCUCAACAACAUUGUCGAGGGUGGUCGCCGUACCCGCGGUCAGCAGAUCGACUUCGCCAAGGCUGCUGAGCAGAAUCCCGCCGACGAUGACGAUGAGGACGACGACGACGACUUCACGCCCCCUGACGAGGACACCAACAUGUCGGGUUAG